AUGAUGCCCGUCACCGUGAUCAAAGUCCGCUACGAAUCUGACUUUUACGCAUACCGCAGCCUCUGGGGCGCAGGGCGCGACAUCGUGCGAACAGAGGGAUUCAAAGGACUCUUCGCCGGCUUUGGAGCGACCGCCGCCCGCGACGCACCCUAUGCCGGCCUCUAUGUGGUGAUCUACGAGCAGCUAAAGCGACGCCUCGCCUCAUUAGCAACCAAAGGUGCAAGCGACGGAUCACAGCAGGUUGCGUCAUCAUCGUCGAUUAAUUUCGUGUCAGGCGCAUCGGCUGCCGGGCUCGCUACGGCUAUUACCAACCCUUUUGAUGCGGUGAAAACGAGACUCCAACUCAUGCCGGCCAAGUAUGGGAAUAUGCUGCGCGCAGUCCGGCUGAUGGUGCACGAAGAUGGGAUACGCAGUCUGUUCGGAGGCUUUGGAUUGCGGAUGGGGCGGAAGGCGCUUAGUUCGGCUCUUGCGUGGACUGUAUAUGAGGAGCUGAUUCUCCGGGCUGAGAAGAGGUGGUCUGCAAAGCAUCAGAUGGAUAUGUAA